GGAUUUUCUGGAAGACCUGGAGGUCACUGGAAGACAUGGAUUUCCUGGAAGACAUGGCUUUUCUGGAAGACGUGAAUUUUCAGGAAGACCCGAAUUGUCCGGAAGACCUGGAUUGUCUGGACGACGUAGAUUUGCUGGAAGACCUGGAGAUUACUGGAAGACAUGGAUCCCUCGGAAGACAUAUAUUUGUGGAAGACAUGAAUUUUCUGGAAGACUUGCUUUUGUUGGAAGACCUGGAUAGAGUGGAAGACAUAGGUUUUGUCUGGAAGACGUGGACUGACUGGAAGACUGGAUUUGGUAGAAGACAUGGAUUGCUGGAAGACCUGGAUUUUUCCGGAAGAUGUGGAUUGAUGGAAGACCUGGAUUUGGUGGAAGAUGUGGAUUCUCUGGAAGACAUAGUUUUGUUGGAAGACGUGGAUUUUUCUGGAAGAUGUGGCUUUGUUGGAAGAUGUGGGUAGGCUGGAAAACAUGAAUUUGAUGGAAGACACAGC